UUCCGGCGCGGCGGGGAGGGCGGCUGCGACCGGCUUCCCGGGUAACGGGGAGGCGCGUGCUGCUUGCUCGGGCAGCAUGAAGCCCAGGCCUGCGGUGUUCGUAGACGGGAAGCUCAAGCAACGGGUCAUUCAGUACCUCACCAGUAACAGAUGUGGCAAAUAUGUAGACACUGGAAUCUUAGCCUCUGAUUUGCAAAGAAUGUACAGUGUAGAUUAUGGUCGAAGAAAAAGAAAUGCUUUUAGGAUUCAGGUAGAAAAAGUAUUUAGUAUAAUUAGUAGUGAGAAAGAACUUAAGAAUCUUAAAGAACUAGAAGAUGAACAUCUGGCAAAAAGAGCAAGACAAGAUGAAGAAGAUGAGUACACUGAAAGCUCUUCUGAUGAUGAUUCAAACAUGGACGAUUACCCAGAUCCACAGUCAGCAAAUCACAUGAACAGUUCCCUGCUCUCUUUGUAUCGGAAAGGAAACUCUGAAUCUGUUUCAACCACUCCGAAGCUAGAACAGAGAGAAGCUGCCACUUCAACACCGUUGCUGACUUCUAAAGUGGGCUCCAUGCCAGUGAAGACCCCUGCCCGCGAGUCUGAGGGAGGAUGGUUUAUUGACAAAACCUCAGGUGGAAAGAAAGAAAGUCUUACCUUGGACCUAUCAGAUGACCAAAGCAACUAUAAAAAGCCAGAUUUUGAGAUACAGAAUUUAAAAGAUUCUUCUCUUCUGGAAAGUGAUAAGAAAAGGAAAGGUAGGCCAAAGAGCAAAAGAAACAAAAGAAAGACAGAGGAUCUUCAAGAAGUAGAUGGAGAAAUACAAGCUAUUCUGCAAAAGAAAGCUAAAGUAAGAAGUACAGAGUUGCAGAUUUCCAGUGUGAAGUUUGAAGAUAUUGGAGGCAAUGAUGCAACAUUAAAAGAAGUCUGCAAGAUGCUCAUACACAUGCGCCACCCAGAAGUGUACCAGCACCUUGGUGUCGUGCCCCCUCGCGGCGUUCUCCUGCAUGGGCCACCAGGCUGUGGGAAGACAUUACUUGCACAUGCAAUAGCUGGGGAACUCGACCUGCCGAUUUUGAAAGUGGCUGCUCCAGAGAUUGUGUCAGGAGUUUCUGGAGAGUCUGAGCAAAAGCUCAGAGAUUUAUUUGACCAAGCUGUGUCAAGUGCACCCUGUGUUGUUUUUAUUGAUGAAAUUGAUGCUAUUACUCCUAAACGAGAAGUUGCUUCCAAAGACAUGGAACGAAGAAUUGUAGCUCAGCUUCUAACAUGCAUGGAUGAUCUGAAUAAUGUGGCAGCUACAGCUCGAGUCCUAGUUGUUGGAGCUACUAACCGACCAGACUCAUUGGACCCUGCUUUGAGACGUGCAGGAAGGUUUGAUCGAGAAAUAUGCCUGGGCAUCCCAGAUGAAGCAUCCAGAGAAAGAAUUCUCCAGACGUUGUGCCGAAAACUGAGACUUCCAGAAACGUUUAAUUUUUGUCACCUAGCACACCUAACGCCAGGCUUUGUUGGUGCCGAUCUGAUGGCACUUUGCCGAGAGGCAGCUAUGUGUGCAGUCAAUAGGGUCUUGAUGACACAACAAGAACAGCAGAAGAAAAAUGCUGAGAUUGAAGGUUCGCCCUCUGAAGGAGACCAGGAGAAAAGGCUGGGAGCUGAGCCCACUUCUGAAACACAGGAUGAAUUGCAGAGGCUGUUGGGGUUGCUAAGAGACCAAGAUCCCCUCUCAGAGGAACAGAUGCAAGGACUAUGCAUUGAAUUAAAUGAUUUCAUUGUUGCUCUAGCAGAAGUUCAGCCUUCUGCCAAAAGGGAAGGCUUUGUAACUGUCCCGAAUGUUUCAUGGGCCGAUAUUGGUGCCCUGGAAGAUAUUAGAGAAGAGCUCAUAAUGGCAAUAUUGGCACCGGUACGCAACCCAGACCAGUUCAGGACUCUUGGUUUGGGGACUCCAGCUGGCAUCCUCCUAGCUGGUCCUCCUGGAUGUGGAAAAACUCUGCUAGCAAAGGCUGUGGCAAAUGAGUCUGGACUGAAUUUUAUAUCUGUCAAAGGCCCGGAAUUAUUAAAUAUGUAUGUUGGUGAGAGUGAACGUGCUGUGCGACAGGUUUUUCAGCGAGCCAAGAACUCAGCACCCUGUGUGAUAUUUUUUGAUGAAGUGGAUGCUUUAUGUCCUCGAAGAUCAGAUCGAGAAACAGGUGCUAGUGUCCGUGUGGUUAAUCAGCUGCUGACAGAGAUGGAUGGUUUGGAAACCCGUCAGCAAGUCUUUAUUUUGGCUGCUACUAAUAGGCCAGAUAUCAUUGACCCUGCCAUUCUGCGCCCAGGCCGACUAGACAAAACUCUCUUUGUGGGUUUGCCACCCCCAGCAGAUCGUGUUGCCAUAUUAAAAACUAUCACAAAAAAUGGCACCAAACCUCCACUGGGUGAAGAUGUAGAUUUGGAAGCAAUUGCUAAUGACCUUCGUUGUAAUUGCUAUACGGGUGCAGACCUCUCUGCUUUGGUACGAGAAGCUUCUCUCUGUGCCCUGAGACAAGAAAUAACGGGGCAGAAGAGCAGGAUCGGAACAGGUGAGCUCAAGGUCAGCUACAGGCACUUUGAAGAAGCUUUCAGGAAAGUAAAACCAUCCAUAUCAGUAAAGGAUCAAAUGAUGUAUGAAGCUCUGCAGAGGUCCCUCCGCCAGUGACAUUUGCAGUACUUGGCAUGGGGGUGUCUACUGCAUGGAACUCGCCAAGAACCACACUCUGGAGGGUCUACUUUCAGCUUGACGCAGAUGACCUCGCUGUAAGCAUUUUAUUUUCACAUUAAUGAGGCCAAACUGGAGCCAAAGACUCUUCCUCUCUAGCCAGCCCUGUGGGAAAACUCCCGACCUCCUUUUUAAGGGAACAAACAAAAACAAAACAAAACAAACUGAUAAAACCUUAUUUAAAUAAAAGUUUAUUUUGAACUACCUUGAUCAUACAUAAAAGUGUUUCCCUGAGAAGUGGUCACCUUACAUACCAUUACUCCAGAUUCACAUUCAUGUCUGUUUUCCUUAAACCAGGGCAUUUUCUUCAUAACCAGCCAUCAAAAAUACUGACACAUUACUACCUUAUCCAGUUCCAGUCCGUCUUUCUCAGCUGUUCUGAUGUCAUUUAUAGUAACAGGAUCUGCCUACAAUUAGUUUUUCCAGUGUGUUAAGUCUUUUAGAGUUUCCAAAAGUUGUUGGGUUUUGGUUAUUGUUUGGAGAAAGUGUCUAUGUAGCCCUGACUGGCCUGGAACUUCUUAUGUAGAGUAGGCUGGCCUUAAACUCCCAGAGUUCCAGUUUAAUUUACACCUGUGUGGGGUGUAAAUUUCACCUCUCAUACCUGUAUCCCACCCUCACCAGAUUCAGGUGAGUGCAUUAGUCAUUAUCAUGGUUUGAUACUCAGAUUGUCUUUAGUGAAUUUCUAAACUGAUGUUUUAUGAGAGAUUUUUGUGUCAUGAUUAUUUCAUCUAACCCUGUAAGUGUUGCUGUAUACUGUAUAAACAGGUCUGGUUACUUUAUUCCUAAGUUUUUAUUGUGUGUCAUUCUACAAAGUCUUUGGUGUUACUGUUAAGAAUAAGAUUGAUGGGGCUGGAGAAAUGACUUAGUAAUGAAGAGUACCUACUGCUCUUUCAGGGGGCCAAGUUGGAUUCCCAGCACCCACACAAGCAGCUCAAAACUGCCCACACUCCUAGCUCCAGGGAUCCUGCACCUCUGCUUACACGGCCACCUGGGAUCACGUGAA